GGCUGCAAGAUGGCGGCAGUGGCAACCGGUGGCACGGGCGCCGAGAGUAGUGGGUCUAUGGCGGCUGCCGCCAGCAAGAGCAACGUGACCAGUUUCCAGAGGAGGGGUACUAGAGCCAGCGGUACCGACAGCGGCGGCCCUCGACUGGUGUCCAUUGCGGGCACGCGACCGUCUGUGCGGAAUGGACAGCUACUAGUAUCAACCGGGCUCCCAGCCCUGGACCAGCUCUUAGGUGGAGGUUUAGCCGUUGGAACAGUUCUUCUUAUUGAAGAGGAUAAAUAUAAUAUUUACUCACCUUUGCUCUUCAAGUAUUUCUUGGCAGAGGGAAUCAUCAAUGGGCAUACUUUGUUGGUCGCGUCUGCUAAAGAAGACCCUGCUGACAUUUUACAGGAACUUCCUGCACCAUUAAUUGAAGAAAAUUGUAAAAAAGAAUUUGAUAAAGAUGAAUGCAAUCGUAAAACACCAGAAUCUAAUAUUAAGAUGAAAAUAGCUUGGCGUUACCAGUUGUUACCCAAGAUGGAGCAGGUUAAACCAACAUCAUCUUCAAGAUUUGGUCACUAUUAUGAUGCAUCAAAAAGGAUACCACAAGAACUAAUUGAGGCUUCAAAAUGGCAUGGGUUUUUUCUUCCAGAAAAAAUAUCUUCACCUCUUAAAGUAGAACCCUGUUCUUUGACCCUUGGCUACAUAAUGCUGCUUCAAUUCAUCCAAAACAUUAUUUAUGAGGAAGGAUUUGAUGGAUCCAAUCCCCAGAAAAAACAGAAAAACAUUUUAAGAAUAGGAAUUCAGAAUCUUGGCUCACCUUUAUGGGGAGAUGACAUUUGUUGUACAGACAACUGUGACAACAGUCAUAGCCUUACCAAGUUCCUCUAUGUUCUUCGUGGUCUUCUGCGAAACUCUCUCUCAGCCUGUAUUAUCACCAUGCCAACACAUCUUAUCCAGAACAAAGCAGUUAUUGCUCGUGUUACAAACUUGUCAGAUACAGUAGUUGGUCUGGAAUCAUUUAUUGGUUCUGAAAGAGAAACUAACCCAUUAUAUAAGGAUUAUCAUGGUUUGAUUCAUAUACGGCAGAUUCCUCGGCUUAAUAACUUGAUUUGUGAUGAAUCAGAUGUCAAAGACUUAGCUUUUAAAUUAAAAAGGAAGCUAUUCACCAUUGAGCGACUGCAUUUGCCUCCAGACUUGUCAGACACAGUGAGCCGCUCAAGCAAACAGGAUCUGGCAGAAUCCGCCAAGCUGCUGGGCCCAGGCUGUGGCAUGAUGGCCGGAGGCAAGAAGCACCUGGACUUCUAGGGAUUCCUCCUUAGUCAUUUCAUGCAGAAUUAUAUGACACUCUAAUUAUGAUCACUAAUAGCUUAUGUAAAUAUUUUUCUUAACAAUUCGACCCUUCAAUCCUUGAAAAACAGAGGAUUGCAAGGUGGGGCAGCCAUUCUUCAUUUUUUAAGCCAACUUUUUAUACAGAAAUAACACAGCAGAAAUACUUUUAUUAUAAGAUUUUGCUUUAUGCUAUAUAUUUAGAAAAAAUAGACCAUUUUAUUUUGAAAUAAAUGGCAAAAAAAGUGAAAAUUUUAAAAUUUCAGAUGCCUUACAGUGGUCAUUAGUGUAUGUGUAUUAAGGCACUUAGUAUGGUAAAGUACAUGUUACAGGAGGUAGCACAUAAAACAUGAAAUUCAGUAUCUAUGAAAACAUAUUUUAUCUUUAUUUCUGAAAAAGUCACUUGCCACCAAAAAUGCUAAGGUUUUUUUAAUGAAAAAUUUGCUAAUAUACAAAAUAAAUUUGCACUUAUGUAUCCUGUUAUUAAAUUGAUGAAGACAAAAAUAAUAUUUUGGGCUUUAGCCUCCAUUAAAGAUAAUUAGCCUGCCAUAGUACUUAAUAAAUAUAAAGAACCUGAGUGAUAGAAAGCAUAGAAAAAAAAAGUUGAUGGUCUUCUGUUUAGUAAUCCUAAACAAUUGAAGUCAGCACUAUGAAAUUAUGUCAACAGACAUAAUUCAGGAUUGAAAUUCAAACUGACAGCUACAUUAAUGUUAGGGUACCAAGGGAAAAACAUGUACUGAAGCUUGGUGAAAGAUUUUUACCGAACAUAGGUUUGAGACAAAGUGGAAAAAUGAAACUAAGAUUUCCAUUGCAUCAUGUAAUCCUUUUGUUAAUUACGAAAAUUGGUUGGGUAUGUAAAUUUCUAACCAUAUAAACAUGUAUUUUGGGGUGCAUAGCAUAUUGAACCAGUUUUCAUAUAAAACACUAGGUUUUUGUAUUAUAGUUCCAUAUUCUCAAAGCUUUUGAGAAAUAGUAGAUAAAAAGUUAAAAAGUAAUGUGUGUAUUUAA